AUGAUGUGCGUUGCGUCCGCCUCCGAGAUCCCUGCUCCUCGGCACCGGGUCCCGGCGAGCCCGCCCUCGGGGACACCUGCCUGCAGCCCCCCCGCACCUGCCCCGCCGCACCUGCCCCGCCGCACCUGCCCCGCCGCCGCCUCACACCUUCCCUCCCAGAGCCGCCUCUGGGGGCCGCCUGCCCCGGGUCACGGGGGGCUGGUGGGCUCAGGGCGGGGCGGGCCACCCGCAGGCCCCCCGGAGGCCGGUCACCCCGAGACCGGGUCACCUGGAGGCCAGUCACCCCAAGACUGUCACCCCAAAGCCGUCACCCCGAGGACGGGUCACCCCGAGGCCGUCACACCGAGGUCGGGUCACCCCAAGGCCGCAUCACCCCGGGGCUGUCACCCCAAGGCCCAUCACCCAGAGGCCGGGUCAUCCCAAGGCCAUGACCCUGAGGCCAGGUCACCCCGAGGCCGGGUCACGUCGAGACUGGGUCACCCCAAAGCUGUUACCCCAAGGCCGGGUCACCCCGAGGCUGGGUCACCCCGAGGCCCCCCAAGGCCAUCACCCCAAGGCCGGGUCACCCGGAAGCCAUCACCCAGAGGCCCCAUCACCCCGAGGUUGGGUCACCCCGAGGCCGGGUCACCCAGAGCCGGUCACCCCAAGGCUGUCACCCCAAGGCCAUCACCCCGAGGCCGGGUCACCCCGAGGCCGAGUCACCCCGUGGCCGGGUCACCCCGAGGCUGCGCACUGCCCCCCGCCCCUCCUGCCUCUCAUAACCCAGACACUGGGGCUUACUUUCUGCUGCGGCGUUUACCGGCGCCUGUGACAGAGUCGGAAAUAAGAGCAUUUUGCAGAAUUUUCGGGCCUGCUUGA